GUUUGGAUCUGAUUUUGGAGGUGGCCUGGGUGGCGAAGAUGCCGCAGCUCAACCCCUACGCUGAUGUGUUUGUGCCCCGCCUGUGGUCAUCCUCCGCACACUAUGGCCAGGACGUACUCAAAGGUACACACGCCAGGGAAAACCCUUCCCGCCAUCCCAUCCAUCUAUCCAUCCAUCCAUCCAUCCAUCCAUCCCUCUCUCUAUACCUCCCUCCUCAGGUGUGUACGAGCCCAACGUUCCGGUGAUCCCCUUCUCGUCCAUGCUGAUGUCUAACGCCUCGAACACGCUGGAUGACGUCAAUGACAAUUCUGGCAGCUCACCGCCACACGGACUUGCCUCCGCUCUGGUAGGUAUGGUGCGCAUCAACACACGAAACAUUGCAGGUUCCUACUUACCCUUUCUGCCUGUUUGUUGCAGGCUCGUUUGGACGGCGAGGGUGCCCACGGUGUGGCGACCACUCUCACCUUCCUUCUGCAGCCGCCGGCCGACACACACUACAAGAAGGACCAGCUGGACCUCAUGGCGCCCGCUGAGGACGGCCAGCAGCAGCACCGUGUGACGACCCCCAGGAGCGACACCACAGACGCCGGCAGCACCAACAUGAGCAUCAGCAUCGACGACUAUCACACCGCGACCGACGCACCCCUAGGCCUGACCGCCGACAUGCUGCCUGAAGUGAAGGGGUGUGGCGGUGGGGCCGGGUCCUGGCUGGAGGGAGUGAUGCAGAUGGGCGCCGGUAGCACGGUGCUCGGUUGCAAUGCGUUCCACGCCACCAAGGCAGUGACGCUCGAGUGGGAUAUGCUGGAGUGAGCGAGAGAGUGGGGGAGUGAGUGGCUGACAGACACAUCCACACACACAUCCACACUUUUUUUCGUGCCUUCACGACUUGCUGGCUGGCUGAACGGCAGACUGGGAGGGCGACUCACUCGCACACACACACGUGGAUUGAGGACUGGAUGGAUGGAUGGAUGGAUCCAUGGAAGGGUGGAGGAGUGUCAAGUGGCUGGUGGACCGACACGUGUGUGUGUGUGUGUGCGAAUGAUCGGCCUCAUUAUUUCGAUUGGAAUCGACAUUCG